UUUUCCCAUUCCGUCUUGUUCCUUUCACCCUUCUGUUUCUUUCUUCUUGAGAACACAGAUCACCCACCCACCCGCCCACCAUUUAUAAUCUUCAACCCCUCUCUCCUUUCUUGACUCUUUCACUUCUUGCUUAAAUGAGAUACUUUCUUGAACCACUAUGACUGCAUUUAGAUACCUAAAUGUUCUUUGCCCUACUUACACUCUUCUCUUAAUUACAGUUAUCCAUCUUCUUUUCUCUCCUGUCUCGCCAAGGGGGCUGCUGUUAGAAGAGAGAACGAGGCUGGGUUCAAUUCCACCUAGUUGCUACAAUAAGUGUAACCAGUGUCACCCGUGCAUGGCGAUUCAGAUGCCGACUCUACCGGGCCAGAAACUAGCUCAAGCAAGCCGUCCCUUAGAGUUUUUUUAUCCAACAUCAUCUCUUUUGGAUAACGAGCACUCAAAUUACAAGCCUCUGGGUUGGAAAUGUCGCUGUAAUGGCCGCUUUUACAAUCCUUGAACUCAUGUUUCAGGUCAAAAAUGGUAAUAGAUUUGUCACACUUUUUACAGAUUGGUUUGGUAGCUCGAUAUGAACCAUUAUCAAACUUUUGAAUUUCUUUUAGUAUUUUAAUAGAGAUUUUCGGAUUCCUUGUGACAUGUCAAUGUUGUCAGAAUUGCUGAUAUAUAGGGUGAAGUUUCAUACAAUAUUGUACAGAAAUCUUUGUAAAAGAUAUUUCAAUUUCUAGAUAUUACUCUUGUGUCUACCUCUUAAAUUGGAAUUUUAUGCUCAUUUAUUUUCUUUCA